AUGUCUUACGACUAUAUCUCAAAUAAGAUGGAAUGGAUAUCCUCCUUAAAAGUAGGUGCCCAAACAAAAAACAUGAGAAAGACGUCAAUCAUUUGCACUAUUGGUAUGUUCAAAAGUCAUUCAACCUUCAUUUAUGCCCUUAUCGUUCCUAAUUUCUAUUUCAUUCAAGGUCCUAAAACUAAUAGU